AAAGCAUUCGAAGCUGGCGCUGGACGAAAUGGCCGCUGUGAGUGUUGUAUUGGUGCGUGCGUUGCAAUCACGGAGCGUGGUUGCGAUCGGAGUGUAGCCUUUCCUUGGACAUUAGUUGAAUUUUCUAAGUGUAAUUUCACUCCCGUCUCUAGAGUUUGUUGUGUUUGGCGUAGUUUAACACUCUGCUAUGAGCGCGAGAACUUGAGUGCCCGUGAAAUUUGCCGAAUUCUGUGAAGCCGGCCUCGCAGACAUCAGGGCUUCACGAUGCAUGGGCCAGCCUUGCCCGACUUCUCUUAGGCGCGUUUAAGAGACACAUUAUCAUUUCACUGCAGGUGACUCCUUCAGCAGCCUAGUCCAGCAUGCAGGUGAUCCAGACGCAGCCAGUCACUCCGACUGGCCGCUUCCAGUACGGAGGGGGCCCCAAAUACGGUGGCGGGGGCUAUGGAGGGCCACGCAACCAGGGUGGAGGGCCCUAUGGUCCUGUCGGAGGUCGGCCCGGCAUGACCUCCAUGCAGAGCAUCGAAUUUGAUGGCAAACGGCUACGCAAGGCAGUGGCGCGCAAGACCGUAGACUAUAACACAUCUGUGGUCGAGUACCUCGAGAAUCGUGUCUGGCAGAGAGACUACCGUGAUGCAAGGGCUCUGCAACCGGAUUCAGGCUACUACACAAGGCUGAUGCCUCCGCUGGCGAUGCUGGCAAACCCCAUCAAUGCUGUGACUACCAAGUUUGUCCGCACCUCGACCAACAAGAUGCGCUGUCCCAUUUUCUGCGUAGUGUGGACUCCUGAGGGCCGCCGCCUCAUCACAGGUGCAUCAAGUGGAGAGUUCACCCUCUGGAAUGGACUCACGUUCAACUUUGAGACCAUUCUGCAGGCGCAUGACUCAUCCGUGCGCUGCAUGGUGUGGAGUCACAACGACACGUGGAUGGUGACGGGUGACCAUUCGGGCUAUGUCAAGUACUGGCAGUCCAACAUGAACAACGUCAAGAUGUUCCAGGGCCACAAGGAGGCCAUUCGAGGCAUCAGCUUCUGCCCGACGGACACGAAAUUCACCACUUGUUCCGAUGACGGAACAGUGCGUGUCUGGGACUUCCUGCGCUGCUUUGAGGAGAAGAUCCUCCGAGGGCAUGGUGCGGAUGUCAAGUGCGUCGAUUGGCACCCACAGAAGUCACUUAUUGUUUCCGGCAGCAAGGACAGCCAGCAGCCUAUCAAGCUGUGGGACCCCAAGUCAGGCCAGAGCCUGGCAACCAUCCAUGCACAUAAAAGCACGGUGAUGGAGGUGAAAUGGAACCGCAACGGCAACUGGCUGCUUACCGCUUCUCGAGACCACCUGCUCAAGCUGUUUGACAUCCGCAAGAUGAACCAGGAGAUGCAGACCUUCCGGGGACACAAAAAGGAGGCGUGCAGCUUGGCAUGGCACCCAAUCCACGAGUGCCUGUUCGCCAGUGGUGGUUCUGACGGUGCCAUCAUGUUCUGGAUGGUUGGGGCCGACAAGGAGGUGGGCGCCAUGGAGAACGCUCACGACUCGUGCGUCUGGUCUCUGGCCUGGCACCCCUUGGGGCACAUCCUCUGCUCAGGCUCUAACGACCAUACAAGCAAGUUUUGGACACGCAAUCGACCUGGGGACAAAAUGCGGGACAAGUACAACCUCAACACUCUGCCCAGAGGUCUGGAUGACUCGGGAGAGUAUGAUGAGCCAACGACCACACCAGCAUCAAUCACCCCUAACAUACCUGGCAUGGGACUGGAACAAGCCACCUUGGAGGCAGUGCGAGCUCUUAGUGAUGUGCAGGCUUCGGUGGCACCCAUGUCAGGAGGGGGAGGCAGUCGGAAGGAAUUCGGUCGGGAACUCAUUCCUGGCCUAGACUUAGGCCCGGAAGAGACGCACUCGGAGAGCCACUCGGGUGGUGGUGGCCGGCACAAACGCACGCCUUUCUCCAAGCCCAUCCCUAAGCACUUCCAGCAGCAGUGGAUGGAGAACAAGCAGCCCCUGCUGCUCGCACCACCGGAGGGGUCCUCACAGAAGCAAGACGGUGCAGACGAUUCCCAGCCGCCAGCAACAAUGCCGGGCAUGACGGCUCAGAGUGGUAUGAAUCUUCAGCAGCAACAGCAGCAGCAGGGCAUCCCCAUGAUGGGCCAGCCACCAGGCUUCGCACCUGUCGGGGGCCUCCUGAAUCCACCCCAACCUCCAACAAACAUGAUGUUCCCCCCACACUUCCAGGGCACGCCACCAGUCAUGGCAGGAGGUGUCGAUGCACCGCCCAAUGGAGUACCACCCAUGGGCUUUCGACACCAGGGCAUGCCACCGCAGGCUGGCCAGGACCAGGGCCAAUUCCAAAGGUCAGGUGCGGGCGAGUGGCGCAACAUGGGUGACUCUGGCAACCAGCAACAACCACAGCUCAGGCAACAGUUUCAGCAGCAGCAACAGCAAGAUGGCUGUGAUUCUGGCAACUUCUUCCAGCCACAGCAGUCGCAGCCACAGCAGUUCUGGCGAGGCAGCCCACACAAGCGUGGGGGCAGCAGUCACUGGUACCAAGGGGACGGUGGAGCACCCGGGCCGCAACAGCAGGAGGGACUGAAGCGGCCGUGGGGAGCCGACGAAGGGGGAUCUGAGGGGCAGCCACCUAGCAAAAGAGGGGGAGGAUGGGGUGCCAGGGGCGGAUUCGGGCGCGGCUUUGGCCGAGGAGGCUUUCGCGGUCGAGGGGGUUUUCGAGGCGGCAGGGGUGGUCCGAGGGGAGGAGCAAGGGGUCACUGACUGUGCAUCUCUUUUGGUGUGUCCCCACUCACGUCUUCAGUGCCGUCUUCUCAGUUAUGGAUGGUGCCGAAACAAAGAGAACUAAAGACUGGCAUCACUUCUGUUGUAGCCGGGAAGAGAGGGUUGUUGUUAGGAGCAUUUGCGAGGCCUUAGAUGUUCUUAGGAAAUGUUCCAUCCCAUCAGUUCAUGUCUUCAGCAUCACCAUCUUCAUGUGAACUGAACUGUAGAGCAUGUGAAAACUCUUGUACAAUACUACUUGUGCAAAGCAUUGUGGGGGGAAGUCCUUGUUACGCUUGUUCUUGUAUUCACAUUGUCAUGUUUUUACUAAACUUUGUGAUAACAAAGUGAACUUGACUGGCAUACUUUUGUGUCCCAAUUAAUCGUUUGAUGCACAUGUUUUUAGGACAAGGCUCAUAAAUGGAAUCAUUAAAAGAGAAUGGUAGCGCCAAAGUGAAAUUGAGGAGCCUUUGAACACAGAGAAUAGUCUCUACUUCUAACAAAACUAAAAUUUUUGAACUUGAUUCUGGUUGGAUCUUGAACAAUUUCUCAAUUGUGUACUGUCUGGUUUGUACGCCCGUCUGUAAUAGCUCCUGUGUUCGAAAGCGUUAAUGGCAAGCUUGUGUUGGGACAUCCUCAGAACGACCCAAUUUCAGUGAUCUGCCAGCACAUUUUCAUAAGGCCGGCUUUGUCAAAGUUCUGGUAAAAAGUAUAUGCAGUGAGAAAUUCUGCAUUAAUUAUUGGGUGGCAAUUAGAGUGAUCUGUUCUGCAUGCACCACAUGUGCAAGAAAUCAACAAGAGCUAGCUUAUUCAUAUGACAAACUCGCUGUUGACUGUGUCCGCAUCUAUUAAGUUCAUUGGGCGCCAGUAUUGUCUGGUCAUUCUGAAAUGCUGUUUGAUUAUGUCAGGGGGAGAACUUGCAGGCUACUUCGUGUAUUCUGUUGUUUGUAAGUUUGGUUUAUUGAUUUCGUAUCACACCGCAUUGCAUAGAAAGUGUGCUGUGCAUUGCGACUCUUUUGGAGCGUGUGAAGGAUGUGGCAUGUGCUGUGCGUUGCCACUCUUUUGGAGCGUGUAAAGGACGUGGCAACCCUUCCGUCCAAAAGGGGAAAAAAACCACUUGACUCAUCAAGAUAGACAGCAUUUUUUCGAGCAGCAUUCUCUAUUGUUGCUUUCCUCAAUGCCUCUAGAAAAAGAUAAAUACCUUACUAUUUCAUGAGCUAGGUGCAUUUUAGUACCACCUUUUGUGUGGAAUGUUGUCAUUCCCUGGAAACCAUGAAGUUCUGUACAAGUUAAAGCAGAAUAUAAAGUACAAUGACACAUUUGCCAGCGCAAGUCAUGGUGAAUGUCAUUCUAGAGCGAAAUCGCAUGUGAAUAGAAAUUUUUGAAAUUUUUAUUGUUGCACAUGAUCCCUGCAAGUUAUCAGCAGCGUUACUAAGUGUGUAGAUGUUGUGUGUGCUGCAAGCAGUCUUCAUUUGGUUGGCCUGGAUAAUUAUCAUCAUCAUGAAAGUCAUUCAUACGAGACUCACGUGUGAUUUAUACUGUUUCUUUAGGUUUGUGUUUCUGAGACGGAUAAAAUAACAGUGUUCUUUUUUUUUUUUCAUUGA